GUAAAUAAAAGAUUGGUUUCAAUACUAAAUAAAUACUAGGUACCUCUGUGAUUUGUUUAAAAUAUCAUUAGAUGAUUAGUUACAUAGAUGUAAUCUUUUUAUAUUAAUUUUCAUAUAUAAAUGAAACAAGGACUUCAAGAUGACUUCUCUUUUAUUAAUAAAAUCGAUGUUGUUUGCCAAUGCUUUACAGCAACAACAGUCGCUUAAAAAGAAGAAAAACAAGCAUGUAAAUUCCAUUAGUAAUGCAACUAAGGAAAAAGAUAUAUUUCAGUGUAGAGUGUGUAAUUGUAAAAAAGCAAAUAUACCUAUAUUUAAUAACUCAAUGCACCCAGAUAUACCUGAAGAAAUUAAUAACUUUACAGGAGUUGUAAUAUCCAACUCUGAUAGUUUCUCAAAACACAUAUGUGAAAACUGUCUGGACCUGCUCAAUGGCUGCAUAAGGUUCCGGAAUAUUUGCCAAAAGACCAACAAAACUUUGUUAGAACUUUCUAUUAAACAAGAGAUUGAAUGUAAUAAUGAGGAGACAUAUCAGGAGGAUAGUAAUGUUGUAGAAACCGAUGAGACAUAUUAUUUUGCUCCCUAUUCUGCUAAACAUGCUGAAGAAAAUUCACAAAUUUGGAAUUGUUCAAAUUGCAAUGCAGAUUUCUCUGAACUGAUAUCUUACAACAAUCAUUUACCAAAAUGCAGUAAGAAGGUUGAAGGAAAAAGAAGAAGAACUCGGGGGCCCAAUAAAUUGCCACGUGGAACUAAAAUAUAUAAAAAGAAGUUCCUUUGCGACAUUUGUGGCAAAAUUGCAUCUUCAAAUGCCCAACUCUACCAACAUAGGACAAUUCAUCGAAACGUAUUCCCAUACAAGUGCGACGUCUGUCCGUACCAAGGUCGUACUCUCGACCUGCUGAAAGUCCACAAGCGAUCCCACAUGGUGGACAAACCCUUCAAAUGCACACAAUGUCCAAAAUCUACUACAACUUCAAGCAAUCUAGCCAAACAUAUGCGGCACGUACAUAGCACUAAUAGGCCGUACAAGUGUUCAUACUGUGACAAAGGGUUUACGUAUCAACACGCCAUGAACAAACACGUCAGCGACAUCCACCUGCGACAAAAUACUGCUGAGUGUGACGUCUGCUUCAAGACAUUCAACACAAGGAAAAUAUUGCAGGGCCACCGAAUAAAAGUACACAAAAUUAAAAGCGACAGACACGGGCGCCUGCCUUCAUAUUUACAGUGUCAAUUGGAGAGCGCCGAGAAGGAUACGGAUUCUUAUGAGAACGAAAACGACGAUUCUAUGCCGACACUAACAUAAUUGGUGAAUAAUAAAGAACUACAUCUGUACGCGAGGCGCGGUUUCCGCUGUGGCCAUGUUUGUACUAAUGACUUUUGUGGGAUUUAGGUACAUUAGUUGAAAUGCUUGCCAAUGCUUUUACAGCAAUGAAAAAUAUCUUCAACGAACUUGCAUUUCAGCCAACCGAUUUGAAUGGAUGAUCCAAACUGGGUAGGUAGGUACCCAGUGAAGUGAGGACGCUCUCCCUAACGCCUAAAAGGUAGUGAAUUUGAAUCCCAGUCCAAUCCCAAAAAAAUGCACACUCUAUGUCCCUUUGUAUAUCGAUGAUGCAAAACUUUUAAUUAUUUUUAAAACAAUGAAGCAUAACCAGAAUUUUUUAAUGUUAUUCAAACUGUGCUUGUUUAAUAUAGGUACCUAUGUUAACAAUUACAGAUAGUAAAUAUAUACAGUUUAUCAAUAAGUAUAGGAAAAUAGGAAUGUGUUAAUAGAAAAAUAAAUCAGUGUUCGAAAAUGGCUUGACAUUUCACAAGUUCAUAUUCCAAAUUGAGGAAAGCGAAAUAAAAAAAAAAGAAUAUGUACAGAGAAUAAAAAAAAGUUACUAGUUUUAACAAAAGGGUGUUAAAAUACAUGGCUUGUAUAUGGUAUUAAACAAGAGUAAAUGUAUCCUACACCGGUUUUUGUUAUUCAAAUUUAAACAUGCUAAUUUAUAUGUUUAAUGCAAGUAAAUAUUUGCCAUGUAAUGCAAUAUAGAACAAAAAAUAUUUUACAUACAAUGUAAAAUAUAUUCUUAUGAUUUUGAUUUACAUAUUUAUAUCUGUUUUAUAGGCAUAAGUUGCAAUAAAAGUGUUGAUAACUCAUGUAAUUAUAAUAAUUUAUCUAUGCAACAAUUUUCAACCACACUACCAAACCAUAUGCGCAAAGCAAAUUGUUAGCAUUCAGGGUUAAACUGAAAUUUUUUAUGAACUUUGCUAUCUGGUUUUUGAGAAGAUCCAACUCUUUCUUAUCUUAGUAUUCGAACCUUAACCCAGAAUGGUUCGUAGCUAAUAAAACAUCAUAAGCACAUACCUUAAAUUUGUUUUUUUAGUACCUUGCGAUAUUAACCAAAUUUCCAGCGAGACCACUUGCGAUAGUGACAUAAGUUCUUAUACCUAUCUAUUAACACCACAACAACUCAUCUUUGAAGCCUUUGCAAAGAAUAAGCAAGCAGCAUACAUAUGGUCACGUCUAUGUCUCUUGCGGGGUAGACAGAGCCAACAGUCUUGAAAAGACUGAAUGGCCACUUUCAGCUAUUUGGCUUAAUGAUAUAUGCUUAUUCUAUAUAGACAGAAUAAAUAAAUUUGAAAAGGGGGCGAGCACCGCUCUGCUAAUUAACCCUUCGUAAGCUUUAGGCCGUAUCCGGGCAUGUACUAGGAAUGCUUUGUUCCGGAUCCGUCCAAAUGCACUCGUCGUAGUUUUUACACAAAUAUAAUAUCUAAUAACAAGAAAUAAGGUGUUUUAUUAUUUGAAAUGUAUUUCUAACGAAUGAAGCCGUCAUAGACAACUGUCAAAUAUGAAUUUCAUCCGUUCAUUUAGCUAACCAAGUCAUUUCAAAUUGUGACUUCGUUGUGUUGCAAAGUGACUGAAGAACGUGUGAGAAAACUCGUCUUUUUUGGCUGUAAUUACAAACAGAUUAAAAUGGAACCCCAAACCCCAAGUACUUCCAGAAGCAUGUUUGUCGGCUUGGAGGUGACUAGAACUCCUCAGGGAUCCCUUAUUCGGGGCAGAGAUGUAGUCUUGGAGACAUCUGGAUCAGGGAGGAUUAGACCUUGGCGGCCCCAAAAUUUAUCUGUGGAAGGCGAAGCCAUAGAGAUCGUGGAUGAGUUGGUCCAUGGCGGCGAAAAAGUAGCUGCUGUACCAGAGGAACGUACGAAAGGUCAGCCGCGUAAUCUUUUUGGCCGAGAACCUGUAAGUUUCAUUUUCAUAACACUCUUUGAAAGUAUAAAUUACUUGCAUUGAGAAAGGGAUUUUUAUUUAUUGCCGCUCUCAUCGUGCACCGGACUAUCUGAUAGAAAUCUAGUCCAUCCAGUAACUAAGGUAAUGUAACUAAGGGUGUUUGGUUUGUGCUUCAAUAACACAAUUCUGCUAAAAUUGGCAAUGCGGUAUGAAUGUAUUGUAACUUCAUUGAUAUAAAGGUGUUUGGUGUAUGCUCAAUAACGUAAUUCAGCGAAAUUGGCAAUAUGGCAUGAAUAUAUUGAAAGUUAAUUGAAUAAAAAUGAACAGGAAUCUCUAUUCCUGUUCAUCGUUGGGAUACACUAAUUAUUCCUUUUUAUAAAAAUAUUGUGGUUGGCAUCUCUAACAAUACCCGCUUUUGUUAUGUUUGUGUGUAUGCUUGCAUGUGGUUUAGGGUUUGGUUUUUUUAAUAGGAUGAAGACAUACUGGAUCCUGAGCUGGCUGAAGAAUUAGCCAUCGACUCUGGAAGUGAUGAGGAUGCCGAGGAAGAAUUGACUCUCGAUCAGUUACAGCAGAUGUUGGAAUCAGAUGACGAUUUUAUUGAAGAUGAAGUUAGUGAGGAGCCAUUGACUUGGUCAUCUGAUUUUAACGAAUUUAGAGGGGUCAGGGAGGACUUCAACGAAGAAGCUGGUCCUAAAAUUGAGGGAACAAGUCCUUUAGGCUUGUUUACUCAAAUUUGGGACCAGCCUCUGAUGGAUUCUAUUGUCCACGAAACGAAUCAUUACGCUUGGGAAACAAUAACCGGUUUCUUUGAAACCGGAGACUCCAUGCCAAGUAAAUCUCGCAUGAACGACUGGGUGGAAACUUCGGUUUCCGAACUAUAUAGGCUUAUAGGUGUGAUGAUAUUUAUGUCAAUAUGUGUAAGAAGUAGGUUAGAGGAAUAUUGGAUGACGGGUGUGAUGGGUAUGCCGGAGUUUCGAAAACUGAUGUCAAGGGAUCAUUACGUAAUGCUCUUAAAAUUUUUGCACUUUACUGAUAACAACAACAUACAUGUACAGGGGCGUGAUAAGAAAAUAGCUAAAAUAAAACCUAUUAUAGAUUAUUUAAAUAAAAAAUUCCAGUCCAUUUACGUGCCUCACAGAGAAGUAUCGAUAGACGAAUCGUUGCUGCUUUGGAAGGGUCAUUUAAGCUGGAAACAAUGCAUUCGUUCCAAAGCAGCUCGAUUCGGUAUCAAAAGUUAUGAACUCUGUGAGGCCGUAACUGGAUACGUAGUAAAUUUAAUUUUGUAUGCCGGCAAAGGCACGACAACUGCAGAAACGGUUUACGGGUUUACUACAUCCACUGCCAAAAUAGUCCUUGAGCUUUUCAAGAACUAUUUAGGCAAGGGAUAUACCCUGUUCAUGGACAAUUUUUAUAAUUCUGUUCCUCUGACCCAAUUUCUAAAAAAACAUAAAACUGACGUAGUCGGUACUCUGAACCGUCGCCGAAAAGACACGCCCGUAGAAAUCCAAAAUUUGCAGGAUAAAAGGAUGGCUAGGGGUAGUGUGGUAAGUAGACACUGUGGUGAUGUAUCCGUCAUAGCAUGGAAAGAUGUGAAGCUUGUCACCACUGUAUCUACUUACCACAAAACAGAUAUGGCUCCAGGGCACAGGGCUGGCCAACCCUGCUCCAAACCAGUCGUGGUCCAUGAAUAUAAUAAAUACAUGGGAGGCGUCGAUCUCAAAGAUCAAAAGCUAAGCAUGUAUUUAUUAGAAAGAAAGAGGGGAAUCAAAUGGUAUAUUAAAGUUUUUAGACGUCUUUUAAAUAUAUCUAUUUUAAAUGCAUAUAUUAUAUAUUGUGCUAACAUUGGCCAGCAUAAAAAAAUGACUCACCGCCAAUUUCGUUUCAAGCUUGCUGAAGAGCUCUGCUUAGAAUUCGGACAAAACGUCUCCUCACGUUCGCGCCAGGUCCCCAUCCCCACCUGUAGCAGGCUGAACAGGGAUUUUAAUCAUUUCCCUGUUCAUAAUGAGGUGACCGAGGAGCGAACCAAAAAACAAGAUAAAUUUAAGAGGGGACGUUGUGUUAGAUGCAGGCAAAAAUGUAACAUCGCGUGCAGUCAUUGCACGGUGUAUAUUUGUGUUGGCCAAUGUUGGCUUGAGUAUCAUACUUUAGAAAAUCUAUAGUUUGUAAAUUACUUCUGUAGUUACAUAUAUAUAAAAUAUAUAAUUAAAUAUUAUCUAUUUAUUUAUAUUAGUUAUAUAUUUAUAUAAAAUGUGUGAUGUAGUAGUCAACACACCAGACUGCUACUUCCAGGUCUCGGGUUCGAUCCCCAGUCAGGUCAAGUUGGUAAAUUAUCUUUUUCAUAUUGACUUCUGAUCUUGGGUGUUUAUCUAUUUAUGUAUACAUUAUUUUAUUUUUAAAUAUUAAUAUUAGGAUUAUUGUUUAAAAAUACUUUUUUCUCUUUGAUCCCUUCUUUCUUAGGACUGCACUGGUUUGGUCUACGGGUUAUAAGAUACAUAGAAUGAAUAUACAAAUAAAAUAAAAAAAAAAAAAAUUCAAAGCCCUUCAGGCGAGUAGGCGACCAAUACUGUUGAAAAGAGUUUCUUUCGGCGUUUCUUCUCUUGCA